AGUCUGAUGCUGGCAGGAACCCCCGAAGUGCAAGGCGCUAACUGCAGUAGGCAGAAAGGGAUCAGACAAGCCUUGGAGAAGGCGAAGUCUGGAGCUCUGAGCCCAGAAAUGCCAGGCAAACAGUCAGAAGACAAGCCAAUGGAAGUGUCAACUGUGGAGGAUGGAGGUGAUGAAGGCCUGGGAGGCCUAACGGUAGAGGAGCUGCAGCAGGGGCAGGAGGCUGCUCUGGCCUUGGAGGACAUGAUGGCUCUGAGUGCCCAGACCCUGGUCCAAACUGAGGUGGAAGAGCUGUACGAGGAAGUGCGUCCCCUGGGCCAGGGCCGGUUCGGCCGUGUCCUGCUGGUUACUCACCGCCAGAAAGGAACACCCCUGGCGCUGAAGCAGCUCCCGAAGCAAUCCACUUCCCUCCGUGGCUUCCUGUAUGAGUUCUGCGUGGGCCUCUCACUUGGCACACAUUCUGCCAUCGUGACAGCCUAUGGCAUUGGCAUUGAGUCAGCCAAUUCCUACAGCUUCCUGACAGAACCUGUCCUCCAUGGGGACCUAAUCACCUUCAUCCAGCCCAAGGUGGGUCUCCCACAGCCAGCAGCCCAGCGCUGUGCAGCCCAACUGGCCUCUGCCCUGGAACACAUUCACUCGCAUGGCCUGGUGUACCGGGACUUGAAGCCAGAGAAUGUGCUGGUGUGUGACCCAGCCUGCCAGCGCGUCAAGCUGACAGACUUCGGCCACACCCGGCCCCGAGGGACCCUGCUCCGACUCACUGGGCCACCUAUCCCCUACACUGCCCCUGAGCUCUGUGCCCCACCACCCCUCCCCGAGGGACUACCCAUCCAACCUUCCCUGGAUGCCUGGGCCCUAGGGGUCCUGAUCUUCUGCCUCCUUACUGGCUACUUCCCCUGGGACCAGCCCCUGGUGGAGGUUGACCCUUUCUUUGAGGACUUUCUCAUCUGGCAGGCUUCUGGUCAGCCCCAAGACCGGCCACAGCCCUGGUAUAGCCUGUCACCUGCAGCAGACACUCUCCUAUGGGGGCUGCUAGAUCCUCACCCCCGGAAGAGGAACCCUGUGGGCUCCAUCAAGAGCUAUCUAGGCCAACCCUGGAAGCAGAGGGAAGGGGAGGCUGAGGAAUUGGCAACGGAGCUGAGAGAAGAUGGGUGGAGAGGAGGGCAGGAGGCUGCAAAGGGGGAGCAACCUGCAUGCUGAGACCUGCUUAGCCUGAGCUGCCUGGCUGUGGCCUCUUCUUGGUUUUCGCUCUAUCUAUCUCUCAUCUGUCCUGUGUGUUAUCUGUGCCCCUCCUUUAUGCUGUGUGUAUUCACGAAUGUGUGCACGUGUGCUUGUGUGCAUGCAUGUAUGUGUUUGUAUGUGUGUAUGUGUGCAUGCAUUUGUGUGUAUGUGUGUGUACAUGCACAUAUGCGUGUAUAUACACAUACCUGUGUAUGCACAUAUAUGUGUGUAUAUGGGGUGUGUGUGUAAAGUGCUGUGUGUAAAUCAGAGGACUUUUAGCAGUCAGUCCUCUCCUUCCACCUUGGAGCCCAGCCAUGGAAUUCUUAUAAGCCUUCAAGUGCCUUUAGCUACGGGAGCCAUCUUGCUGGCUCUGGUCUAUAUAACUCUGAAUCCCCCUGCCUUAGCUUCCUGAGUCCUGGAAUAGCAGGCAUGCACCAUGCUCUGCUGUCCGGCAUAGCUCUGCACCAUCCCACCCACCUCAGCUACCUUCCCCACAAACCCAGGUAAAAUGGCCACCUGCUCUGAACUUCACAACCCUAGGCUUCUCUGUACUUCUAUGUACUUUUGUGUCCUUUACUAACUGCCCGCUUAUUUUCUGAGCACCCAGGGGGUGGUUUUUGGUCCCUGAAGGACUGACCCUACAUCUCUGAGCAAUGCCCAGCCUGCAGCAGCAACCAAAUGAAUAGACACAUCUGGUCAGCAUUGCUCCACACCAUGUGGGCCUCUCGCACUCUGUCACUGUCCUCUGGCUCUCUCAUUCUGUCUCUGUCCUCCUGUCUCCCAUCUUCUCUCAUGUGGCUUCGCUCCACUCAAAUCUGCUCUGGCUUUUGUUGCUGCUUACUCACCUGCAUUCUGGGAUUCCACCCUUUGAGUGAGGUACACUUGCCCAGCUGCUCUCUGCAAAUAAAGUUCCCCUGGCAACUGAA